AUGGCCAGCCAAGCCUACCAAAUCACCUCCCCUUCCACCCUCACCCUCACCACCCUUCCCACCCCCGUCCCCUCCCCUGGCCCUAACGAGGUCCUCCUCCGCCUCCACGCCACCUCCCUCAACUACCGCGACAUCCUCGUCAUUGACCACAGCCCCGCCUACCCUGUCCGAGCCAAACAGAACCUCAUCCCGUUCAGCGACGGCGCCGGCGUCAUCUCCACCGUAGGUCCUGGCUCCCGUUGGAAGGCCGGGGAUAGGGUGGUCCUGCACCCCAACCCCUGGCUCCACGGGAACGAUGCGAGGGGUUUCGAUGUCCGCACGGUAUUUGGAGGCGGGGAGACAGAUGGGACAGCGAGGCGGUGGAUGGUGGUGUCGGAUGAGAAUCUGGUCAAAAUGCCGAAGGGGAUGGGGAUGGAGGAGGCGAGUACGAUGUUCACGGCUGGCGCGACGGCUUUUAGGAGUCUGUUUCAUAAUGGGGCGGUGAAGGCGGGGCCGGGGGUGAGGGUGUUGACGCAGGGGACGGGUGGGGUGAGCUGUUUUGCUAUUAUGCUAGCCGCAGCAGCAGGCGCAGAGGUUGUAGCCACCAGCUCAUCAGACGAGAAGUUGGAGUUUGCGAAGAAGCUUGGAGCGACGCACUUGAUCAACUACCGCAAGCAUCCUGACUGGGACAAAGAGGUCCUCAGCGUGACAGAUGGGAAGGGGGUGGAUCUCGUCUGCGAUGUCGUUGGCGCCGGGUCCAUCGAGAAGACCAUCAAAGCCACGGCGUUUGGAGGCUUCGUUUCGGUCAUGGGGAUGCUGGGAGAGGAUUUCGCGAAGCCGGUGGAUAUUAUGACGGACCUGUUGUUUGGUGCUAAGACCUUGCAAGGACAGCUAGGCGCCAGCAGUCGAGAAGUCUUCGAAGAAAUGUCCGCGUUCAUGGAGAAGCACGACCUUCACCCACCAGUAGCGCAGGUCUUCGAGUUCGAGCAGGCGGAGGAAGCGCUGAAGGCACUGACAACGCUGACUGUACCGGGUAAGAUAGUCGUACGCUGCUAG